CUAGCAAUUCUUUUCAGAUCGGCGGCGCAGAGUUCGUCGUUUGUCGAUGCCGGAGUGAAAAUCGAAUCGUUUUAGUGCUACGCAACGAACGUAAGUGUCGCAAACCAGUGCCAAGCGAUGGUCAACAGCGUCGAAAUAGGGAAUCCACUGUUCGCGUACGUAUCCGCACGGUGGUAAAAGUGUCUGUCUGUGGCUGCCCUUUUGCGCGAUCGAAGGGGGGCUUUCUCGCGCGCGCGAUCAUUUUGCGAUUGUGCGUAAUAAUCUGGCCGCAGCAGCAGCAGCAGCGUGCGCAACAGCAGUGUGCAAAGGAAAGCGGGCAAAAGGUCGUGAUCGUGAUCGGGGUUGGAAAACUGUGUUUGCUGGAAAAUGGUGUGUGCGAAAAUCAGGCAAGGGUGCUCCCUGAAGGAAGUUAGCGAACGAACGGGUGGUAGCGGUGGUGUGUAGUGUUGUGGUAGACGAGACGUAGAAGGCACACGGAACAGUGAGGGAGGGGCGCAAAGGCACAUUCCAUUCAUAGCAGGCUCUUCUUCUUACUCGCUGCGUGUGUCGGGCGCAGCUGUCUCGCUCCGUCCGACGGCAUUUAAAGUUCACACCAAUACAAACACACACACACACAGAGCGCACACAGCAGCGGGCAGCGGAGACGGCUGGUUGGUCGACCGAAAGGUAGCAGUGGGAAGCCAUGGGAAAUCAUCAUUCCCCGUUUGCGGAUAAUCUAAUCACCUGCGCAAAACAUGUAAACAUCAAAUUGGAUUAGUUUGACAGACAAAGAAGAAGAAGAAGAGGAAGAAUAGGAAGCGAACGGGCAACGGCGACUUGAUCGUGUGUGUAACCAUCUCGCCACAAAUCGCGUACCCAGUGCUCUGUGUACACAGUGUGCUGUGUGGUGCUACACACGUGAAGGUGUGUGCGUGUGUCCCUGGUUGAUGAGGGACAGACAUUCCUUUCGUCCCGCAUUCCAUCGGUGGUACAAUUCACCUCGUUUUGCUGCCGUACCAAUACAGUGGUGUUGUAAAAAUCAAACACUCAACGGCGGCACUACCACCAUCGUCGCGGAGUGGAGAGCAUUUGCACACGCGAUUUUGCAAGGAAUGUGUGGAGGGAAGCAAGAUAUGCUCCCCAAACACACAACCAUCAUUACCGCCAUCAUCAUCAUCAUCAUCAUCAUCACCGUCAUCAUCCGCGACCAGAUAUCGGUGUUUCGAGUGCUCAAGUUAAAGAGCGCGCGCGGGAGACGCACGCACGUGGGGAUGUGCGCGAUGUGGCUGCACAUUCCAUUCCGUAUGUGUCAUUAUUAUAACCCUCUCGCAUCUUCUUCCAUUUUUCUUUUUACCGCGAAUGGGAAGGAACACACAUUCAACAUUCUUUCCCGUGCGUUACCUCGAUCGUUCAGAUAUAUAUAUAUAUGUGUGUGUGUGUGUGUAUGGCUCCCGAUCCUGAACACGCCAGUGUGGACGCAGUUGUGCGUUGUGCUUUGUUUUGGAAGAGCAGCGCAGUAGGCUUAGUCGGGGGGCUAAGACGAUUUUAGCCGGAUUAACGACAUUCCAGUCGGGCGCAUUCUUCCUCACACCAGGGAAGGAUGGAACCGUAUGUGUGAACCUAAAGCAGCAUAAUUUAUUCACGACCUAAGCAGAGUUGUGCGAUCGAGAAUCGAGAAGUUUUUUUUUCAAUAACGUGUGUCCCAGACCCUGACCCAGUGAAGAGAGAAUCUCGAUUGAUUUGGGAAAUGAAACGAAACUAUCAUUGUGAGUGCUAAUCGCUAAAGGCUCUGCCAAACGAAUCAGAACGCGGGAAAGAGAACACAACAUCAAUCGCGCAGUUAAGAAACGUUGCCAUCCCGUGCAAUUUGAAUGAUCAGCGUGUGUGAAUAUCGCAGCAAUACAAAGCCGAGUGUAAUAGUGGUAGUGUAAAAACCAGGAGCCAGGUGCGAAAACCCUUUCCUCCAACCAAUCAUGUCACAUGGAGGAGCAACACGCUACUCGCAGUACGCUUCGAACGGGGCAGGACCUCAGCAAUCGAACGGAACCGGCAGCGGGAAAGCGUCCUCCAACAACGCGGCGCAACAGCAGCAGCAGCAGCAGCAGCCCCAAGUGCCGUCGCUUCCGUUCAUGCGCCCUCCGAUGCUGGUGACGUCGUCCGGUGCCUCAAUGCUGCCGCCACCCCCGUGCCCUCAAACGCCACCGACCGGUGGUGGUUCCGGCGGCGGCGGUGGUGGUGGUGGUUUGCCCAAGUAUCCCGGCUCACCGAACGGCAGCCUUUCCGGGUCGGAUACGGACGUUUCGACCUCGAACGAGAACCUGUCGCGGGAGGAACGGUACGUGCUCAGCCAUGCGCGUGUGGAACCGCAGGGCGAGGAGAAUCUGCAGGGAAAUGUGACACCGGUGAAUGAGAUCCAAGGACGAUUCAUUGGCGAUAAGUUUUCCUCCAACACUUCCUCGGAUUCGACACGGUACGCCACACCGACCGGGGGCAGCAGCAGCCGAAGCAUGUCCGAAACGCGCGGCGGUGGUGGCGGUAUGUACGCGAACAUCGGUUCCGCCCCGGACGGUCCCUCGAACCGCAGCUCGAUGGCGGGCUCGAACCGCAACUCGCUCAAGGAGCCAAACUCCAACCGCUCCUCGAUGGAUGUGUCCCAGUCGUCGUACAACACGCUGAUCAUCCACGACGACAUCUACAGCUCGGUCGCAUCGUCCGGGCGGGAGUAUGCGGGCAGUCCGCCGCCGUACAUGAAGAAGGAGCGGCCCCGCUCGUACGGUGAGGCCGCCCCGGCCGCUCCGCCCAUGCAGGACAUUUCGGAAAUCAACGAAGAGUACAUCAACAAGAGCCACGUGCUGAAGCAUCUGGCGAAGGAGGUGAAGCUGUCGCGGGCAACGACCGCCCGCAACAGCCGGCAGCAGUCGAGCAGCGGUGGAUCGGCCGUAUCGAACGGUGGUGGGAGCGAUGUUGGCGAGCAGAAAAUGUCGUCCCACGGGACGGGGGGCAGCAAGGCAGCACGGCGGGGCAGCGAAGCGGCCACCGGCGGAGGGAGCGGGAACAGUGCGGCGAAGCUGAAAAGCAAAAGCCAACCCGACCUGACCCGCAUGUACGACAUCGAUCCGGAGGAGGUGGAAGCGCUGGUCAAGGAGAAUCAGGUGCUGAAGCAGCAGCUGAACAAUUGCUAUCUGAAGGUUGCCAAAAGUCAAAAGUUGGAACAGGAAAUAGCAAACAUCUACCGAGUGCACGAGGAGCUGGUGCAGUCGUGCGAUCGGCGGGAGCGUUUGGAGCGAGCGGCCCGCACACGGCUGCAGCAGGACUGCCGCCGACUGCAGGAGCUGAAUCGAGCGUUCCGGGACCAGGUGGAGGUGUACCAGAGCCAGCUGCACGCGUCGUCCGAUCAUCAGCUCGGCCGAACGCAGCAGGACGUGCUUAUCUCACAGCUAGUGAAUCAAAACAAAUCGCUAAUCGACGCCAAUCGACGGCAGUGCAUCGAGCUGCAGGCCCAGAACGCGACGCUGGAAGAGCAGCGUAUCCACAUUAACGUGCUCGAUACCGCCCUGAAGCGUCUCGAGGAGGAGUGCCGACAGAAGCAGGUGUACGUGGAGCGCUGUGCGCAACUGCAGCACGCACUACAAUCGCUGCAGAAUGCGAGCGAACGACGCGAACAAGCCGAACGGAAGCUGCGCAUCGACUACGAUAACGAUAUGGCGAACCGGAGCGGCAGCAGCACCAACAGCGAAACGGACAACCUCAAGUGGCAGCUGCGCGAAAAGGAUGCGCAAAUACUACGGUUGGAAGCAGAAUGUGCCCAGCUGGAGCAGCGCAAUUUGGAAGAAUCGAACGUGCGCAACGUGGCCAAGCUGGCGAUGGAGCGCAACUCGCAGGAAACGGAGCGCAUUCUGGCCGAGGCGAAGCAGGAAAAGAUACGCUACCUCGACGAGGCACACGCGGCCAACCGGAAGGUCACGGAACUGCAGACCCGGCUGAAGCUGGUCGAGAACCGGCUCGCUGAAAAGGACGCAAUGAUUCGUGCGUACCAGGGACAGAAAAUUUACGGCGGCUCGACAAACUCCUACGGAUCGUACAACCUAUCGUCGGAUAGCUUCGCACUGAAUCCACUGGGAGCGUACAACUCGCAGGCGUCGUACGUGGACGUGUCGAGCGGCGCAUACGAUGUGGCGACCGGGGCCGGCGCCUCCCUGCUCGACCCAUCGUCCGUCGUCGUGGGGCCGUACGGUCCGGCGGCGACGGCGGCCGUCGUGUCCAGCUACGCGUCCACCUACGGCCCGACCACCGUCAGCAAUGCUUCCUCCUUCGCCCAGAGCUCCCUCAAUCUGCCCACCGGGGCCGGUGUGGGCGGCGGGAGCGGGGCAGGAGGCGGACCGGGCGGUCCGGUCGGUGCGUACUCGUCCCCGGGCAGCAGCAGCACCACCUCGAACUACAGCAGCACGGCCAACUUCGGCGCCGGCAGCGAGCACACGAUCUACGACAGCAAAAGCUACGACGCGCAGCGCAAAUCGAUCGACGAUCAACUGAAGCAGCUCGACGAGCAGCUGCUCAGCAAGCGAGGACUCUGCUGCUUCCCUAGCCUAACGACCAAGAAACCGAUCCAAUCGCUGCUGGCCGACGAAGUGUCCGUACUGUCGACGAACAACAGUGAAACGUUUCUACAGAAUUUGGCCCACAUUGGUUCGGACCGGCGAUCGGAACAACCGCCCGAUCGCGAUCAGCUGAGCAACGGUGGCGCCGGCGGCCAGAAGGCGGACGAUAUGGUGCUGCUAGAGAAGCAGGGUCGUUGCUCGCAGAAGCUCCGGGGCGGCAGCAGCUCGUCCAGCGGCACACUGGGCAACUUGGCGCACGUGUCCCAGACGGUGGGACAAAACAUGACCGACAUCAGCAACAUUGGCGGGACGGGCGGUAACGGUGACGCAUCGAGCGGUGGUUCGGGAGUGUCCAGCACUGGCAAUAAGGUUUCGAAGAUGUUGUCCGGCGUUUCACAGCAGCGCGGUUCCUCUCUCCCGCCGAGCGCCCUGCCCAGGCCACCGAGGAGCUUGAAACCGCCGCGCAAAAUCGAGUACGGUCGGCUAAGCGACGGCGGUAGCGAUAGUGGGAAGAAAACGCGUGCCGCAACACCGCCCUCACCAGUGUCCUCGUCGGGGGCUAGCCAGAGCGGCGGUAGCUUGAAACGCUCGGGGCGGGAAUUUUCACCCGCCAAGGGUGGCGGCUACGUGGAGAUGAAGGACACGCUGCAGCUCACCAAGGACUAUCAGGGUGGCACGUUGAAGCACAAAACGUACGGCUCAAUGACGACGGUCGGUGGCGGAGGGAUGCAGGCGGGUGGAGUGGCCCCAUCCAAGUUUGGCUUCGGUUCGUCCAAAUCGGGCACGGGGACGUCCGGCCCGGCGGGGAGUGAUUAUCCUUCCACGAAAAACUACCAACGGCUGGAGGACCCAUCGGCCGGUACGUCCGUUGGCCAUCAUCACAACAACAGCUCGUCCCAGUCGUCGUCCCAGUCGCGGAAAAGCUCCGGCGACAGCUCGGGCACACUGAAGCGCUCCCUGUUGCCCAACACCGGCCGUAAGCCGAACGUUGGAGGCAGUCACGGCAUGCCCAAAGGUGGUGGCUCGCGAGAUUCGCUGAAUUCCGCCUCGUCCGGGUCGAACCACUCGAACUUGGGACAAACGCGGUCCAGCCCGCAACCUCAGCCACAUCCCGCCGGUUCGGGAUACAAUCAGCAGUCGCAUCAGAUGACUUCCCGCACGCCACCACGCUUUCUACAGCAGCAGCAACACCACCACCAUCAACCAUCGACCUCGGUCGAGUCGAACAAAUCGAGCUACCACAGCAUACCGGCCCAAAGCAGUGCUCAGCACUUUCACCAAGGGUUCUUCGCCAAGUUCCCUGGGUCGGUUCACGCCGGCUCGCCGGUGAGAACGCUGCAGCAGCAUCCCAAAACGUCGUCCUCACUACCCAGCUCCAGUAUUCUGCAUGCGGCCGCCAACUCGUCGGCAACGUCCGCGAUCGGCCAGUCGUCGACGGCUUCCCUGCCGCCGAAACCAUCCAUGCUGGACAAGAUGGUGGCCGCUGGGUCGUCCGCCGGUAGCCAGCAGCAGCAGCAGCAGCGACGGGGCAGCAGUUUGGCCCGAACAGAGAACAAGUAUCGUAUUCAGUUUUGAGCCUGUUGCUGGAGUUGAUGUGCAAACGAAGGAUGAGUCAGAGACGUAACACAUCACACGUGCCAAUACUAGUUUGUAAGUAGUCUAGCGAAGGGGAAGUGGGAUGCCUUAGUGCGCUGCGAGUGUUUGAUUCCCUGCCCUCCCUGCCCUCCAUCCCUGGUGAACCUUUCUGUGUAUUAAACUCCCCAUUUGUGGCUCCAAAUUUUGGUAUUUUUUAUAGCAUACGAAGCAAGGAAAGAGUGAGCUUAUAGAAACGUACAGUAAAUAAAAGGGUUUCCAAGAUUCUCCGUCCUAAAA